AUAGCCAGAGCACUUGUAGUUUGGCUACCGAGGACAUUGUUGGGAAAGCACGCCAACAGGUCCUUAGUUUCUUCAAUGCAUCACCAAGAGAAUAUAGCUGUAUAUUCACUUCUGGGGCAACAGCUGCACUAAAGCUUGUCGGUGAGACAUUCCCAUGGAGCAGUAACAGCAGUUUUAUGUACUCAAUGGAGAAUCAUAACAGCGUCCUUGGGAUUAGGGAGUAUCCUGAAUGGAUUAAACCUUUUCAUCAAAUUUUGUUACUUCUGCUGUCGAUUACUUUAUGAAAGCUUUCCUCUUUAGCAGUGUAUUUAGUUUCUUAAUCUACGGUACUACUUCCUGCUUCAAGUGCUACUCUUUUUCACUGAAAUACCGGUCCACCUAAUCAAAGGCUCCCGACGAUUCUAUAAAUUAUCAAUAUUUUCUUCAUGAGGAAGGCAUGAAUCUUUCCGGCUUUAUAUUUCAGCAAAUGAUCGCAUCUCUACCUGUCACUGCAUCGGGACCAUGCUAUCUUUGGACAUUUGAAAGAAUUACCACGAAUUGUAUGUGUUAUCGAUGAUGUUUCAUAUAUGCAGACCUGAUCUGUGGAUACGUUCAACACUGCCAUUGUUGCUCUUAUCGACUGAUGUUCUGAUGCGUUUAAUCAUGGUGGUUCUUUUUGAAGUUCUAUGAUUCCAUUCACUUCAAAAUCACUUGUUCCACACUUGCUGCUGAAGUGAGGUGUAGAACUCUACUGUUUAUCUCAUGGAUAUGAUUAUACAUGUUUCUGGUAGAAUUCACUGUACCUCCAAGGUUGACAUUGAAGAUACACAUGUUGGUGAAUCAGAAAGCCCACAGUCUAACUUAAAACUAACACAGCACCACAUUCAGAGAAGAAAUGAAGGUGGCGUUCUGAAAGAAGGGAUGACAGGUAACACAUACAACUUGUUUGCAUUCCCAUCAGAAUGCAAUUUUUCAGGUCGAAAAUUCGACCCUAACCUGAUUAAGAUUAUCAAAGAAGGGUCUGAAAGAAUCUUAGAAAGCUCCCAGUAUUCCAGAGGUUGCUGGUUAGUUCUGAUAGAUGCUGCUAAAGGAUGUGCUACCAAUCCACCAAAUUUAUCAAUGUUUAAAGCAGACUUUGUUGUGUUCUCAUUCUACAAGUUAUUUGGCUAUCCAACUGGCCUUGGAGCACUCAUUGUUCGAAAGGAUGCUGCUAAGCUGAUGAAGAAGACCUACUUUAGUGGAGGCACGGUGACUGCAGCUAUUGCUGACGUUGACUUUUUCAAAAGAAGAGAAGGUGUAGAGGAAUUUUUUGAGGAUGGAACCAUUUCAUUCUUGAGCAUAACAGCAAUUCAACAUGGGUUCAAAAUAAUUAAUAUGCUAACGACAUCUUCGAUUUUCCGGCAUACAACAUCAAUUGCAGCAUAUGUGAGGAAUAAGCUUUUGGCACUGAAGCAUGAAAAUGGAGAAUUUGUUUGCACGCUGUACGGGUUAUUAUCUAGUGAGAUGGGCCCCACAGUUUCAUUCAACAUGAAAAGACCAGAUGGAACAUGGUAUGGAUACCGUGAGGUGGAAAAAUUGGCAACCUUGGCAGGAAUUCAACUGCGGACAGGAUGUUUUUGCAAUCCUGGUGCUUGUGCUAAAUAUCUUGGUUUGUCACACUUGGAUCUUCUUUCAAAUAUUGAGGCUGGGCAUGUGUGCUGGGAUGAUCGUGACAUUUUACAUGGAAAACCAACUGGAGCAGUCAGAGUAUCUUUUGGUUACAUGUCAACAUUCGAAGAUGCCAUGAAAUUCGUCAACUUCGUGGAAAGUAAUUUUGUGAUAUCAUCUUUUAAUCGGUGUGCAUUGCAGCCAAGGUCCAUCUCUCUGCCAAUUGAAGGGAUUGCAGAAGCUGCUGCACGGCAUUUCCUCACAUCUAUUACUGUCUAUCCAAUAAAGUCUUGUGCGGGAUUUAGUGUGGAUCAGUGGCCUCUAACAUCUACUGGGUUAUUGCAUGAUCGUGAAUGGAUUCUCAAGAGCACAACCGGUGAAAUUCUUACCCAAAAGAAGGUUCCAGAAAUGUGCUAUAUCUCCACGCUGAUUGAUCUCAAUUUGGGGAAACUGUUUGUAGAGUCACCUCGUUGCAAGGAGAAAUUGCAGAUUGAACUCAAAUCCAGCUCACUGGUCACUGAAAGAGAUGAAAUGGAUAUCCAAAAUCAUAGAUAUGAAGUCACAAGUUACAACAAUGAGGUUGAUAUCUGGUUCAGCAGGGCGAUUGAUCGACCUUGCACUCUACUAAGAAAUUCCGAUUCCCAGAGUCACUCCUGCAUAAAUAAGAACGGGAGUCCUGGCAUGUGCAGGGAUGUUGGUGCUAGAUUGAAUUUUGUUAAUGAAGCCCAAUUUCUGCUGAUAUCUGAAGAAAGCAUAAAGGACCUCAACUCUAGGCUGAAAUCUAAUGGACGAAGGAGAAAUGGUGGACAAGCAGUACAAGUUGGUGUAAUGAGAUUUCGACCCAAUCUUGUAGCAUCUAGUGGUGAACCAUAUGCAGAAGAUGGAUGGAGCAAUAUAAAUAUUGGAGGCAAAUAUUUUAUGUCAUUGGGUGGUUGCAAUCGUUGCCAGAUGAUCAAUAUAAAUCCAGAGGCUGGGGAGGUGCAGAGGUUUACUGAACCUUUGGCAACUUUAGCAGGUUACAGGAGAGCAAAGGGGAAAAUAAUGUUUGGCAUACUGCUAAGAUAUGAGAAUAAUACGAAAACCGAGUCAGAUACAUGGAUUCGUGUGGGAGAAGAAAUAAUUCCAAAUGGAGAUAGGCAUUGAUUGUUUUUCGUGGAAGUUCCUAUUUGAGACUUGUAAGUAGUCACAACAGAGGUGAUACAAGUGUUCAAUAUUGUGAAGCAGCGCAAAAAACACUUGCUCUAGCCAGGUCAAUACAUCAAACUGUACUUUGUUGCUGUUCUCUAUCUGCAAAAGAGUAUGUUCUUCUAAAAGAACUCGCUAAGAUCUUCAUUCUUUGUAACCAGUACUAUUAUAAGCUAAUAAAUACCCAAUCGUAAUAUUAACUUCUUUGGGGCUGCGUAUAGUUUUAUGUGUAAGUUUUUAGUUUGUGUAGUGACUCGGUGUGCAAGUACAACCCAUGGAUGAUGCAAAAAUCCUCAGGACAUCGCCAUGAUCUUAUUAACAGUGCUUUCUCGAGAGUUGAGACCAAACGGGUGGAAAAGAUAGUGAACGUUGAAAGCUUUAUUCCUCUCAACUAUGAAGGUUAAUUAUGAAUGUACAUGUUAAUACUUAGCAAUAUUGGUGGAAUAAUAUGUUUGUCAUUUUGUUUUCACUCUUCGCAAAGGAACAAAGAAUCCAUUGCUCAAAUUUCAGAAGUAAAAGGAUAUACUACUAUCAAUUAUGUCUUGACUAAAGACUUUGACCUUUU